UUUGUAACACUCGUAGUUCGAAUGUGUGAUUUAAUUGAACUAUAACCUAAAUUGUGAGUCAGAUAACCUAAAUUUGGUCGGCAAGGAUUAAAUCAGAUUUAUAUUUUUAUUUACACUGAGUGACGCUAGUUUGCUAGAAUUUAUGUUACUGCUGAGAGGAAAAUGUGGCGUAAAAAACUGUUAUUUCCAAUAAGAAAUUACAUUUAUGCUGUUCGAGGCUCAACGAGAAGGUCAGUUCAUAUAAGUAUAAAGAAUGCAUUUGGAAAACAUUUAUUGUUUACAAAUACUUGGACUUCCGGUGCGCUUAUGGUCGCGGGUGAUUUAAUGGAACAAGAAAUCGAGUAUCGCAGGAAGUUAAUACCGGAACGCUACGAUUGGUGGCGAGUUGGUCGUAUGUUUAUAACCGGGUUGGCGUUUGGUCCUUUACAUCACUAUUUUUAUAUGUGGCUGGAUAAAGCGCUCCCGCAGAGAACGUUAAAAGUGAUUACGCAGAAAAUUUUGUGGGAUCAGAUCGUAAUGUCGCCCGUAUGCAUUGCUGUUUUUAUUUAUGGAGUUUCGGCGCUGGAAGGCAAAUCUUUGAGAAGCGGUACAGACGAACUUAAAGAAAAAUUUGUAGAUAUUUAUGCGUUCGACUGGUGCAUUUGGCCUCCGACGCAAUUCAUCAAUUUUUAUUACUUACCUGUUAAGUACCAAGUUUUAUAUAUAAAUGGGGUAACAAUGAUAUAUAAUGUAUUUUUGUCAUAUAUAAAACACAAAAAUGUAGAAAAUGUAUGAUAGUGUACGAUGACUGUAAUGUAAUUAAUAAAGUUAAUUUUUGUAUGAAAUAA